UGAUUGCUUUCAAGCCUUCUAUAGUUCCUCUGUAAAUUUUGAUCUGACCAUGAUGCAAGAAAUCCAUGGAAUACCAGAUCACCAUCGGUCGAUGAUUGUUCCCUCAAUUUUUGCAAUCAAGUACCACCAUGUAAGUAACGAUAAAAGAUUUUUCACAGAUGGGUAAACCAUAAAUGCUUCCACUGGAUUUGGUGUAUUUAAUCAAUUUCAUAGCGCCUCUUUUAAACUGCAGAAACCAUGCUCAGUAUACGUUGCGGAACUCGCAGCUAUAUUUUACGCAGUAGAGCGAAUUGCCUCACUACCUUCUGACCAUUAUUUCAUUUUACGGAUAGUCUUAGCUCAUUGGAGGCUAUUCGUUCAAUGAGGCCGAUGAAGCACUCCUCGUAUUUCCUGCCUGAAAUACGAUCUAAACUGAGUGCUUUAUCUAACUGCUCCAAUACUAUCACCUUAGCUUGGGUCUAAUCUCAUUGCUCAAUUCCGGGUAAUGAGAAAGCGGACUCGUUGGCUAAGGUGGGCGCUAUGCAAGGCGAUAUUUUUGAGCGACAAAUCGCCUUCAACGAAUUUUUCUCCAUUGCUCGUCAGCAAGUCCUCAUCAGUUGGCAACACAAAUGGAAUGAUGGUGAAUUGGGAAGAUGGUUACAUUCUAUUCUCCCACAGGUGUCGAACAAACUAUGGUUCAAAGGGUAGGACAUGAGCCGCGACUUUAUACGCGUUAUAUCAAGGCUUAUGUCCAAUCACUGCUCGUUAGACUCGCACUUCUAUCGAAUUGGGCUCUCAGACAGCAAUGUAUGUGCGUGUGGCAGUGGUUAUCACGAUAUCGAGCAUGUUGUUUGGUCGUGUACCCUACACCGUGUUGCCAGAUCUGAUUUAUCCACAUCCCUCAGGGCCCGAGGAAAACAACCCGCGAUACUACUACGGAAAACAACGUUCUCUCAAGUUGUUAGCUGCCCAUCGGUGUACCCCCAUGUUUGUCUUUUUCAUCAGAGUGUCGCUUAGUUCGAGAUCAAGAGCACAUUGCUCUCCAAACCUUGUGUUCACAAUCCCUACCCUGCCAUCCAUUUGUUACAAUUUGUCACCCCUAACCUCGACAUAGCCGCGAGUAAUCGGCCCCCGCUUUACUAACGUUAGUUUUAAGUAAUUUUGUAAUCUAAUCAAUGAAUAUUGGCUCCGCAAAGCUAUAGCAAAUGAGCCUGGAAAAAUAAACGCAUUAUAAAAAAAAAAACAAGCUUACUGGUAUAGUCGAAAGCGUAGAUAGAACACGAAAUAAAAAAAGACAAAAAACCAUUACAUCGCCUGCAUGGUCGAUUUCUAACAUUCGUUGCGAUAUGAUAGGAACCGUAACUAACAUUCAUUUUAAUAGAUUUUUGGUUUGCGUGUAAGGAAUCCAAUUAUGACUGACAAAGGGGCGCGCCUUUGGAGGGUGCUCUCACUCUUCGAAGGGUAUUAAUAGUGGGACACUUUCAAUUACAAUUCCUUGCGAUAAAAGCAAGAAUGACAUGCACUAAACUAAGGACACGGAAUAUGUUACUGGUCGCAGUCGUUUUAUGUUCCGAACAGAGGAAAAAAGAAAAAAAAAGAGCAUAGUAGGUAGUGAUCAUCUACAUUUAAAAGUGACCGAAUUUAUGGAGUAAGUGUCUGGAUUUUGAGGCUACACGGCAUAAUGUCUUGAUAAAGAGCUAUUUUUUAUUUGAAAAUUGUUAUAUCUUUCACAAAUGAAAAUGUAUCAUUUAGGUGUCUUGAAGAAAGUUGAGUGUUUUGAUGUUUUCUAAAUCUUUACACAACAUAUCAAUUAAAUGCAACAAGAUUGAAAUGUAGGAAUGCUAAAAAAUUGAUAUAUAGGAUGAACUGGCCAAAUAUCUCCUAUACCUCUGUAAAUUAUAGUCAUGGUAACUUGAUGUCUUUAACAAAGUUUUUUGAAAUAAUAUGCAUAGAACUUUGCAGAGAACUCAUCCUCUCUAGCAAGUUUGAUUUUUGGAGUUUAGUUUUACCUCAAGGUAAACUUAAAGUGAAUAUUUUAAAAUAUGCGGAGCAACAUGCAAUGAAAAUCUUCUUAAGACAUUUAAAUGCUUACAUGUACGCAGGCAUCAGAACAUUAUUAAGUUCACGAAUUUUCACGUUUAAGCCUAUGUGGGGUGAUGAAAGGAGCUUUUAUCUAGCAAUAAAUACAAACAUGACAAGAAUCGUUUUCAUAAUCGUGUUAUUAACGGAAGAGUACUCUUGAAAUAAUGUAUUAUUCUUCAGAGACGUUCUCAUGUAUGUUUUCAACGAUCCACACUGGACCAUCCAUACCCCUUGGGGUAAAGUCUGGCAUAUGCACAUUUUCUCAUGCAAAACUUCAUCAAGGAAGAAAGUGAUGUUCAUCAAAUCUUUUCAAGGCAGAAUAACUCCAUCAAUUCUUAUAGACAUACCGCAUUGAAUGUUAACCUCUACUUUUGUGAACGUAAACCGACAACGGUAACUACCUCCCUUCAACAGACAAAGCAAAAUCAUGUCCACCCAUCGUCAUUGCUAUCAUCAUAAUCAUCAUAAUCAUCAUGAUUUCCACCGUCGUCGACGUCGGUCUCUUUCUCGGAGACCGGGUGCGCUGUAUAGUUUUUCGGUAUGCCUGACACGAACAAAAACAAACAUUCUAGUACUACCUCCUGCAUCGCGUGCUUUCCAUUCCCAUUUCCGCCAUCCAGACAAUUCCGACCACUUGGAAUGUUUAUGAAUGAAAGUGAAAGUGUACGACGACAACGACGACGACGACGGCGGUAGAGCAUCCCAGCUGGCGCUAGCCGGUUGGUAGGGAGGUCGCGGUUGCCAUCGCAAUCCCGGCGCAGGAUCAAGGAGGACAUUGUUCUAGUACUUCGUAUGGUAUGGAUCUAGUACAGCGAAAGGCUCAUUCCGUUCGUGACUUUUUCCACCGGACAGAGCCACCGGUCGCAUCAGUUCUCGUUUGAGCGUCGUGCCGGUCGGAUGGAUCUGAAGCUGAUCUCUAGAGAUCUCUCUGGCUGAGUUGCCAAGUGUUGAAGGAAAGUUGAAAACAAACAAGAGUGUGGUUUUUCCUGGAGAGAAAGGAAAAUUUCUGCCGGUAAAAGACUAAGUGGGGAGAUGAAUUAUGAGAACGGUGGGAGAGAUGAAAGCGAUUCCCAUAAAUAAUGCACGCGUUUGGCGGGCCGGAUCUGAAGAAUAAGUGCAUCUAUUUUUUUUUGCUUGGCAAUAAAAUGUUUGUUUGAGCAACGUGUGGAUUAAUUCUUUUUCGCUAGCUGUGAAAAAUAUGAUUAAUGUACACGAAGCGUGAGAAAUUGGAAAAUAAACAUUGUGCCGGUGGACAGGUGUUGAGGCAUCGGUCCAAUAAACACUAAAUUUGUUUUGACUACGAUUUUAAGAAGCGAGCGUUCAUCAGCACAUGAGUGACUCAGAGCAGAGAAAACUGUGCCAGUGAAUUUUCGGUUUGUUUGUUUUACGCGUGCAUUUCCCGGUUGUUGGAAAAGCGUGGUCUGAAAAAUUGUGUGAAGAGACUACUCGUGUUGAUUGUGCCUAUGGCCGUCGUUGGGAAAACAAACAACUACAUACCAAAUUUGUUUACUGGUGUGGUUAUAAAUGAAGGAAAUUUACUGUGAGACAAUUUUAGAUGUGAAUAUUGGCAAGUGAAGUGGGAAAUUGGAAAUUCCACCUGAGUUGUAACUAUCGAGAAGUUCAAAUUAUAUCGUAUAAAAUGGAUUGGAACAGUACUGCUGACGUUUUAAAUGGAAGUCAACCUUAUGAAAUGGAUAGUGGCAAUAUAGUAUCGACGACAGCAAUGCCGAUGAUGGUCUCAGCAAUGUCACCACCUGCAGUGGGAAUAGCUUUUCCGGAACUACUGACACUAAUCCGACAGUCGGCAAAUGGAUCUGCGUCGUCCAACCUGUCCUAUUUGCUGAGCAACUUCUCCCGAGCCCUGACAUCGAGAUCAAAUGAGUUUAAUUUAUCAUAUCGUUUUCCGUUUCAUCCCUUGUUCCCUCUAUUCCGUAACGAUACAGCGCUUGAAUCAUGUCCGUCCAUUCAGAUGCCGAUUGGGAAUUUAAUCUCGAUGAUCCUGUACGCCGUUGUGGGCCUGAUCGGACUGUUCGGCAAUACGCUCGUCAUCUACGUGGUGCUGCGUUUCUCCAAGAUGCAAACCGUUACCAAUAUGUACAUCCUGAAUCUGGCCGUAGCAGACCAAUGUUUCCUAAUAGGCAUUCCGUUUCUCAUCAUUACGAUGCAUCUGGGUGAGUGGACCUUCGGUAAUACUAUGUGCAAGGCGUACAUGGUGUCAACCUCGAUAACACAGUUCACCUCAUCGAUAUUUCUCUUCAUCAUGUCUGCCGACCGAUACAUUGCCGUGUGCCAUCCCAUCUCAUCACCACGUUUCCGAACACCACUAGUAUCGAAGAUUGUUUCAUUUUUUGCAUGGACCACCUCGGCGCUGAUAAUGCUUCCGGUGAUGCUGUACGCCAACACGGUCAACCAUGAGAAGGGUAAAAACUCCUGCAACAUUGUAUGGCCAUCGGAAAAUGCCAGCGGUACAACCUUCACGUUAUACUCCCUUAUCUUGGGCUUUGCGAUUCCCCUUUCGCUCAUUCUCAUGUUCUAUUAUCUGGUGAUCAGAAAGCUACGCACAGUGGGUCCCAAGAGCAAGUCCAAGGAGAAGAAACGCUCUCACCGUAAAGUGACCAAACUAGUGCUAACGGUCAUCACCGUGUACGUCUUCUGCUGGUUACCCUAUUGGAUCUCCCAGGUGGCAUUAAUUAAUUCGCCUCCGGACAUUUGCAAAUCCCGUCUGGAAAUCACCGUCUUUGUCCUGGUAAGCUGCCUGGGCUACUCCAAUUCGGCCAUGAACCCAAUCCUGUACGCCUUUCUGUCGGAUAAUUUCAAGAAAAGCUUCCUAAAGGCAUGUACCUGUACCAAGGGUAAGGAUAUUAACGCCCAGUUGCAGAUAGAAAAUAGUUUCUUCCCGCGCUUCGUACGUAAUCGGGGCUCGGAAAGGGGCAAUUCGACGAAAAUCCUUCAUGCUGGACGGCAGAAGGUUGGCGAUCAGAAUCAUCCCAACGACACCGUGAACAACAACAACAAUAUCAAUAAUAAUGCCAACGCCAACAAUGGGAGCAGUCGAGGUUCGGGACAGGGCGGCCCCAUCAGCAAUACCAACACCAAUGGUAACACAACCACUACAACGAUGACAACGACCACGACGGGGGGCGGAAAUUCGCCUUCGAAUGCGGUUCCGAUUGCCAAUAAAAUCCUUGACGCCAGCUCUCGGCCCCCCGUGCUGCACACGGAUUUAUAAAGCUCCCCCUCUAGCUCUGCUACCAAUCAGGCUGUGUAUACGUGCUGCUAGUCCCGUCGUAAUUGGAAGCUCGGUAGGUGGUGCGUAUGAAUUCAUAUAUAGAAAGAGAGAUUAAGUUUGUUCAGCACAAAAAAAAAAUAAACAUCGAACGGAAAAUUGUUGCUUCCCGUGUGGGUGUGGCAGGGUGCCUCCAUCGAAGAGUAGUAAUGGGGAAAAGUUAAAUAAAACCAUGUAAUUAAAACGUAAAAAUAACGCUUGUCUCGCACUGUAGGGAUUGAGAGAAAACGAUGGUGAGCAAGGGAAAAAAUGGGAGAAUUUAUCGUCCGAAAGGAAUGUCAAUCGGAAGGUUUUAUGAUAUGGUAGCACCAAUUUUACAUGCUGAGUGCACACAUGGGUCCGACGGCAAACGAGGAUAUUUUGUUUUUUUUUUUGUUGCGUUGCUCUCGCCAAGUUUGACACAAUUAAGUUGGGAUUGUGUCCAAAUAAAUGUAAUCGAAUUCGCUCUUCUGUUACACACAAUUUGAUCCAUUCAGUUGGAUAUUAUUUUGAUUUUUUUUUGUCGAAGAAGAAUAAAGAAUAUCUGUUUGAAGUAACUGAUUGAUGGAACUGGUGGGACUGGAAGGGUUCUUUUUUGCUUGGUAGGUUUUAUGUCGUAAUCAUUCUGAUCAGAUGCGCAUAUGACAUUCAGAAUACCAGUGUUGAUACUAGUGAUUAAUCAUAUUGAUAUUGAGCAGUUCUACUAAGGACGUACGUGCUCGUAAGAAAUAUGAACUAACUAUUAAAAUUGAAAAUCUUAUCCUAAAUAUUGAAACCGACUACACCCUACAGACUUAUCAGAGGUUGCUGCGUAUAGCGAUUCCCAUGCUCGGUUAGAUAAAAAGAUAAGCGGGCUCAGAACACCGAUAUUUAGGACUCAUACCGAUUUUUAUAUUAACGGGAAAUUUAACACUCUGAAAAAUAAUUACGUUUUGAUUUUCCUGAAAACACAAAAACACAAAACAGCAGUCUUACGGUUUUGCUGAGGGUACAAUUAUUUGUCAUGGUGGGAUAGAAAAAAUAUGUUUACUUGUAAAUUUUCUUAAGAGUCUUAUGGAUAAAACAUCGAAAAUAAAAUAUUCUACCAAAAUUUCCACUUCUUGAAUUUGGAAGUUAGGAAAAGUAUCAUGUUUCUAAUAUUUUUGACUUUUCAAGAUCUCAGACCUAGAGAAAUUUACAAAAUCCUGGAAACUGAAAAAAAAAUAUUGGCCGGGAUUCGAUAAGUUAAUUUGGUUUAUUUGGGUAAACGCUCCUAUAGUUGCGAUACGGUGGUAGCGUUAGGUUUCUAUAGUUUCUUAUGAACACUUAAUAAGCAAGUAUAGGAACCUAACGCUUCUAACGUAUCGCAACUACAGCAGCAUUAGUUGGUUUGGAUUUGUGUUUGGAAAAGUUAACGAUUUUUUUCAAUGAGUCAUCCUUUUUUCAUCCUGCAGGCUUUGUAAUCUCAAAUUGUGACCAAAUUUUAGUGCAACUUCUAUCGAAAAAUAAGAAAGAAAAAAAAAGCAAAGAAAAAUAUGGAGGCAUUACAUGUACGUAAGGACCAAAUCGAAACAAUGGAUAUUGCAUAAAAGUAGAAUUUAGUGAAGUGAUAUGUGCUUUUUCAUAGCUUCAUGUCAACGAACUGACCAUACACUUGCUUAAAUAUUGGGUUUGAAUAGUGGAUUCUCAUAAAUCGAAUUGUCAGCGUACAUACUAAUGCCUGUUCGAAGAAUUAGGUACAUCAUUUUGCACCGGACUACGUACAAUCAUUCUGCUGCUUCCAAUGCUGCUGAUGCUGUUCCGCCUGCUUCAAAAUUCUUUUGACGAAUGAGACGGACCAGCAGCAACAAAAGCAGCUGCAGCAGCCGCAAGAACAACAGCAACAUUUGAAGCAGCUGCAGUCGUAGGAGCUGCAUCGCUAAUUCAUGUAGUUGUGACCGAGGCU